AUGACCUUGGUACCAUCGUCAUCAGUAAACGACUGGAAAUUAAAGCCCUGGGAAUACGAUUACCUCAAAUGGGACCCGUGGGAACUCGAUCUCUACGAUCACUGCAAACGUCUCGAUCGCUACUUGGACUACGAUUGGCCCCUGAUGUACCGCGAUUACUGGGACUAUCCUGCCAACUACCCGUUGCGAUGGCGCAACAGAUGGGCUCCCAUUGCCACGACAAGUGCUGCCGACGAUGCACGUGAACUCUGGUCCUCCAUCGGGCAACAUGGGUUCCAUGUCGACAUCGAUGUCCAUGCUUUCCGUCCGUACGAAGUGAAUGUUCGCACCACUCUCGAUAAUUACGUCGUCAUUGAGGGACGUCACGAAGCCCACCCGACGCGACAUCAUCAUGUCCGAAAACAUUUCAUGAAAAAGUACGCGCUGCCCGUUGGAUUUAAUUCGCGCGACGUGACUUCCAGCAUCUCGAAGGAGGGCGUUCUCACGGUCAAGUGCCCGCCACCAUUGCGACCUCUGCCAAAUGUGCCACGCCAAGUUGCCAUUACUGGCUCAAAUAGGACACUUUUCACCAAAUACACCAAAAAAUCACCUUUGAAACAAUCAAUUGUCGCGUCUUUAGUACCUGUCACCGAAUCACUCUUCGAACUCACGUCAAUUAACAACUUGAGAACACGCUAG